AUGGACUCCUCCCGGGCCAAGGAUCACCCAGUUGAGGCUGAAGUCGAGACUGUCGACUUCACCGCCGACAAUGUGGCGAAACAGCCUCUGCCGGAUACUCUGAUAGACCUGUCCAAUACUGAAUACGACAAAUUGGGCCGCAGCGCGACGUUCAAGAUGGAUAUCCAAAUCCUGCCUUGCCUAGUCAUCAUGUUCAUACUGAACUUUCUUGAUCGACAGAACAUCGCUUCCGCGAAGCUGGCUGACAUCGAGACUGAUCUCAACCUUUCGCCCGUCCAGUACCAGACGUGUGUCUCGAUUCUCUUCGUCGGGUAUAUCCUGAUGCAGGUUCCAUCAAAUAUGGUUUUAUCAAAAAUCAAAUAUCCUGGAGCCUACAUUUGCUGCGCGAUGGCUAUGUGGGGAGUUGUUAGUGGCUGCAUGGCAGCCGUGCAUUCCUUUACCGGGCUGCUCCUAGCACGCUUCUUCGUUGGCUUCAUUGAAGCCGUCUUCUUCCCUGGGGCCCUGUACUACCUUUCAGUCUACUACAGUCGCAAGCAAUAUGCCUUCCGAGCAGCGAUCUUGUACAGCGGAAGUCAGCUAGGGAACGCUUUCGGUGGGCUAUUUGCGAUCGGCAUCCUUAGACUCGACGGCGCCCACGGCUUACAGGGCUGGCGUUGGCUGUUUCUUGUGGAGGGCGUGCUCACCGUCGGACUCGCCCUCCUAUUCGCCCUGAUACUUCCGAACUCGCCCAAGACGAUCCGUCUCCUUACGCAGGCGGAGCGCGACUGGGUCCGGUACAACUACGAGCAAGACCAGGGCCAGAACGACAACUCCGCCGAAGUCACCGCAAAACAAGGCCUCAUCAUGGCAGUCAAGGAUCCCAAGACCUGGAUGCUGCUGGCGACUUUAUACUGCAUUUUUAUCUCCUCCGCCGUUACAAAUUUCUUCCCCAGCGUGGUCGAGACUCUUGGCUUCGACCGCUCAACGACAUAUGCGCUCACAGCGCCACCUUAUCUGCUCGCCGUCGGCGUUAUGCUGGCCAUCGGCUUCCAUUCCGACAAGAAGCAAGAGCGCUACCUCCACAUUGUCUGUCCCCUGACUGUGGGCCUUGUUGCUUUUGUGAUCGCGGUAUCCACGACAAAUACUGGUGCACGCUAUUUCGCCAUGAUGUUGAUGCCUGCGAGUCUUUACAGUGGCUCGACAGUUGUGCUGUCCUGGAUCACAGCCUCACUUUCCCAGCCGGCCAGCAAGCGCGCUGCGGCUAUCGCUCUCAUCAACGCCACUGUCAACACGCCGAACAUUUGGUGCUCAUACCUGUACACGGGAGCACCACGCUACCUAGUGGCCUUCCUCGUCAAUCUCGCGGCCGCUGGUGGGGCUAUCGCCCUGGCCACCGUUACGCGCAUCUACCUCCGAAGGCAGAAUGGCCUGUUGGACAAGGGCAGGGACACGGGUAAGAGUGGACCUACAAGGGCGCAGAUCGCGUCGGGAUAUAGGUACGUGCUGUGA